CAAUAUACAAAACAUACAACAAAAUCAGAUAUAAGUUGUAAUAUAUCAUCUUUAUUUGAAGUAUUAAUUUUACUUUUUCUAAAUCUUUUGCAGUGUUUUGAAAAAAUGGCACAAUAUGGAGGAGAUAGACAGUAUGGACGCCAGACCGACGAGUAUGGGAAUCCUAUUAGGCAAACGGAUGAAUAUGGGAAUCCUAUUAGGCAAACUGAUGAGUAUGGAAACCCGGUUCACACCACAACCGGAGUAACCAUGGGUGACUAUGGUUCCACCGGUCACCAAGGACUAGGUUCCAAAAUAGGUGAAGCUGUUGGGUUAGGAACCGGUGGUCAUCAUACAACCGGUCAUCAAGGGCUGGGAACUGGUACCGAGUACGGUACAACCGGUCACCAAAGUUUGGGUAGUAGAAUAGGUGAAGCAACAGGGCUAGGAACCGGCCAUCAAGGGAUGGGUACCGGAACAGAGUAUGGUACAACCGGUCACCAGAGUUUGGGUAGUAAAAUAGGUGAAGCCACUGGGUUAGGAACCGGUCAUCAUACAACCGGUCACCAAAGUUUGGGUAGUAAAAUAGGUGAAGCAACCGGGCUUGGAACCGGUGGUCAACAUACAACCCGUCACCAAGGGACGGGUACCGAGUAUGGUACCGCUGGACGAAGCUAUGGUACCACGGGCCAUCAAGGCCUGGGUACAGAACCAGGCCGAACUGCUGAUGAGUUCGGCCGUUACCAAAACCAACCUAGUGCCACCCCUAUGGGUGGUGCUGGUUUUGGAACAGGAACGGGCGCUACCGCAGUUUUGCAUCGUUCAGGGAGUGGCAGCUCAAGCUCAUCUGAAGAUGAUGGAAUGGGAGGAAGGAGGAAGAAGAAAGGAGUGAUGCAGAAGAUCAAAGAAAAGCUUCCUGGUGGUCAUAGUACCGAGCAGCAGACGACCGCAAGUGGUGGUGUUUAUGGAGAGACGCAUGAAAAGAAAGGGAUGAUGGAGAAGAUCAAAGAGAAGCUGCCAGGACAUCACUGAUCAGUAUAUGUAUAUAGUUCAGUGUAUAUCUAUAUAUGAUAAUAAUAAUAAUGAAGGCGGAAACAUUAUAAGCUGCUUGGAAUUUUGGUUUUGCCUGAUGCUUGUUGAUGGGUAGCCAAUAGCCAACGCAAGUUUAGGUUGUUUGGUUUGGGGUCUUCAUGUCUG